ACAUAGAUUUAUAGAUAAAUUUACUUUAAAGUUCAAAGUAUAUUUAAGAAUGGUUUGCAAUCCCUCAAAACUUGCUGAAAGCAGAAUAUGGAAUUAUUACAUUGGUAUUUCCAUAAUUUUAUACAUUGGAGGAAUUUUAUUAAUACUUAUAUAUCGCGCUACUAAAAUUUUUCAGCGAUAUGCGCGCAGAAAAAACAUAGUCGAACAUAAGAAUUAUUUCAAAUAUGAAGAAGAUGAUAGUGAUGUAGUUUUAUUGGAGCAAACAACAUACCUUGCAAUAGUUGAAGCUGCUGGUUUACUUGUAUCUGCUCAAAACCUUCAAGGUAAAAUACUGACUGUUGUCUCCUUCGUUUUAAACCUUUUAUGUGUGGCUAUAUACAUCUCAAUGUCUUCAGAUCCUGUUGAACACUGCUUUUCCUAUGAUGAUGCAUUAUGGAAAACGGAAAUAUUUUUUUAUUUGUUAUUUAUUAUUCACUUCAUCAUUAGGUUUAUUGCUGCACAAGACAAACUAGUGUUUUGGUCAACAGAUUUGAUGUCAAUUACAGAUAUGUUAACAAUUCCAACAAUAUUUUUUCCUCCGGUAUUUGAUAAUCAAUACUGGAUAGGUUUACGAUUUUUUCGUGUCAUUUAUUUGAGAAAGCUUGGUGGUAUUUUACAGAGUUUUAAUGUUUUUGAAAUGGGAUCAUCUUUUGAAAUGUUAGCAUUGAUAGGCAAUUUUCUUUCCAUCUGGUUAUUAUCUGCAGGAAUGGUUCAUUUACUGGAAAACACUGGGGAUCCAUGGAGCCCAAUCCUUUACUCAAAUAACCAAACACUAAGUUAUUUCAAUUGUACCUAUUAUUUACUGGUAACAAUGUCUACAAUUGGUUAUGGUGAUGUUUUAUGUAUUACAUUUCUUGGAAAAAUUUUUACAAUGCUGUUCAUUUUUGUUGGACUGGGUUUAUUUGCAUCAUAUAUACCUGCUAUUGCUGAUUACGCUAGCUCUCAUUCAAAAUACAAUAAGAUGUUUUAUUCAACACCAGGAAAAAAGCAUGUCAUUGUUUGUGGCUAUAUCACUUAUGAAAGUAUUUCUUCCUUCUUAAGAGACUUUCUUCAUCCUGAUCGAAAUGACCAUCUUACUAAUGUUGUGUUCUUGUCACCAUUAUAUCCUGAUAUAAAUAUUCAAACAAAAUUAAAACAAUAUGAAGCUCGUGCAUCUUACUUUAUGGGAACUAUUUACUCUUCCAUUGAUGCUAAAAGAAUGCAGAUUAACAAAGCUAAUGCUGUGAUUAUAUUAUGCAACAAAAAAUGCACAAAUCCCAAUGAAGAGGAUGCUGCAAAUAUAACCAGAGUGAUUGCAGUUAAAAAUUAUCAGGAACGAGUGCGCUGCAUUGUUCAGUUAUUGAUGAGCCAAAAUAAGAUGCUUUUGAUGAACUGCCCACAAUGGAAAUCUGAGUAUGGUGAUGCAAUAAUCUGUAUUAAUGAGUUAAAGCUUGGCCUUAUGGCUCAAUCAUGCAAUGCACUAGGAUUUUCAACAUUAGUUGGAAAUAUACUAGGAAUGCGAAGAAAUCUGAUACCUGAACAUAUUCCAGAAAAUGAACAAUGGAAAGUUGCCUACAUGUUAGGGGCUACCUAUGAAAUAUAUUCAAGUUAUCUUUCUAAUUCAUUCGUUGGCAUGACCUUUCCUCAGGCUGUUGAGUUGUGUUUUGAAAAACUGAGAUUGAUGCUGAUAGCGGUCCAAAUAAAGACAAAAAAUGGAAAAGAGUUUGUUAUCAACCCUAUGAACAAAAAGUUUAAGCUAAACAGAAAUGUCAUUGGUCUCUUUCUUGCUCAAAAAUUAAAAUAUGCAGAAAGGGCACUGCGAUAUUGUUCAUCAUGCCACAAAGAUCUGAUUAAUCCUAAAAUAAUGGUAAAGUGCAGAUGCAGAAAAAAUCAAGUAAAAAGUGUUUCAGAGGCCGAUGUGGAUUUUAACCUUUUAAACAUUUUUGAAGUUGGUCUAGAAAAUGAAAUAAAAGGUGCUUAUUCUUUAACCGAAGAUUUAUUUCCUAAUGGUGAAAAACCAAAAUUUGACCAAACUGGAACAUUUUAUUGGUGUGAAAGUAGACCUUUUAAUGUUGCUAAAAUGACCAUAGAAGAAGCAGCAGCAGAAAAAUUCAAAAAUCAUGUGGUAGUUUUAGUUUUAAUAUCUAAAUAUGUUUCUUCAUUGGAACUUCAUAAACUUGUAUUACCUUUGCGUACUAGUAAUACUUUACCAUCAAUGUUGAAAAAAAUUGUGAUAUUAGGUGAUGGUGAUUUUCUGCAGAAAGAGUGGGGAAGAUUAGCAAACUUUCCAGAUGUUUAUAAUGUUCCUGGAUCACCUUUUAAUCGACAAGAUCUUCGAUCUAUUAGUAUUCAAACUGCUGACAUGUGCAUUUUAUUAUCACCUGGCAACAACAAAUCAGAAAACAUUGAACACCAAGCGCUAUCAGAUAAAGAAGUUAUUUCACUUACUCUUAGUCUAAGAGCAAUGAAAUUUGAUAACUUGACGAAACCUUUGGUAUCUUCAUCAAUCGCAAAUCUAAAAAUUGAAUCAAAUUUGUUUCAAAAAAGUACUAUGCCUAUUAUGAAAGAAAACGUUUUUGUUGAAAAUGAUAAAGUAAAAAUAAAGACAAUUUCUGAACUGAUUCACAGUGCCAACGCUAUGUUUUUGGAUCAAGAUGACAUGAAUAUUUAUGAUGAUGAACAUUUUUAUCUGACUCAAUCAUAUGCUUGUGGUUCUAUAUUUACUGUUUCUGUUUUGGAUUCAUUAGUUAGCGCAACGUACUUCGAUGGCUGCAUUUUGACUUUCCUACAAAAUCUUGUAACAGGAGUUGUUAGCUCAGAAUUAGAUUCACUAAUUGCAGAAGGAAAACCAUCUUCGGGAUCAUUUGAAACGUUAGACAUUGCGGCUUUAAGAAACAGAUCCCGAAUAGCCCAAUUUAGUUUAAUUGAUGGUCCGCUCUCUGAAUUUGGGCAAUGUGGAGUGUUUGGCGAUUUAUUUUUGUUUGCUUUGCGCACUUAUAACAUGAUAUGUUUGGGUUUAUUUCGACAACGUGAUAAGAAUCAAUUGGCGACGAAAAGUUCAAAAAGAUAUGUUAUUACUUUUCCUGAGUUUAACUUUGUACUUGCGCCAACCGAUCUUGUGUUUGUGAUAACGCAAUUUCAUAUCGUUAAAAAAAAAGUAAUAAACAAUUUUUCUAAAGCAGGUUCUGUGGUUAAUAUCGAAUAACUUUAAGUUAUCUAUAUUUAAAUGUCACACAACAUAUGAGGAAUGGACUUGCAAAACCAGACAAUUCACUUUUUUUUUUUUAAAAGACUUAGCAAAGUUUUUUUGUAGUACUAAUAUUCCUACAUCUUUACAAAUAAAAUAAAAUUUAAAAGC